ACAUAAAAUCUAAACCGUUUAAACAGUUGAAAGCUCAUUGCUUUCUCUUAUCCUCAUUGUAUAAAAUUAGCCACCCAAACAUUUGCCUCUCUUUUUGGCAAAUACUCUGAGUCUGAUUCUGUGAAACCAACUGUCUUUAAUGGCUCUACUAAGCCAGCAACUCCAGAGAUUUUUGCUUACCAAAAUAAACACCAAUUCUUCCUAUAAUACCCACAAGAAAGCCCCCUUGAUUGUUAGACAAAGACCCAGAUCAUCGUUCAAAUGUUCUUCUAUUGCAAUCGAAGCACCAUCUUCAAUGGCUGGUGUUGCAGGAAUCAGAUGGGGUUUAACCAAAUUACAAGGUGUUCGAGACGAAAUGGAAGAUGAUGCUCUUAUUGUUCAGCCUGAUACCCUUCAAGGGUUUUCUUUUGCUGCUGUUUUUGAUGGCCAUGGUGGUUCUUCUUCUGUCCACUUUCUUAGGGAGGAGCUGUAUAAAGAGUGUGCUCAAGCACUACAAGGUGAAUUGCUGUUAAGUGGUAAAGAUUUGGAUGCAAUAAGGAACGCGAUAAGAGAGGCUUUCGAGAAUGUGGACUCGAGAUUACUAAAAUUUCUAGAAGAGAAAGACGAGAAGGAUGAAUCCGGGGCAACAGCUACAGUCAUGCUGGUAGGGAAGAAUCGACUAUACAUUGCUCAUCUUGGUGACUCCUCAGCGGUACUCGCACGCGCUGGUAAAGCAGAAGUUCUGACUGAUGCUCAUAGACCUUAUGGAAGCAACAAAGGAUCACUCCAGGAAAUCAGAAGAAUCAAUGAAGCAGGGGGAUGGAUUAACAAUGGGAGAAUAUGUGGAGAUAUUGCUGUAUCUCGUGCUUUUGGUGACAUUCGGUUUAAGACGAAAAAGAAUGAGAUGGUGGAAGAAGGGGUUAUGGAAGGCAGAUGGUCACGAAAGUUUGCUUCUAGGGUGAAAUUUAACGCUGAUUUGGUUGUCGCUCGUCCUGAUAUUUCACAAGUAGUACUCGGAUCAGAUGCUGAAUUGGUAGUCUUAGCCUCUGAUGGCUUAUGGGAUUAUAUCAAUAGCUCAGAAGCAGUAUCUAUAGUCAGAAACGAGCUACGACAGCAUGGAAAUGUGCAGCGAGCUUGUGAAUCAUUGGCAAAUACGGCCCUGGACCGGAGAUCACAAGACAAUAUCAGCAUUAUAAUCGCAGAUUUAGGUAAAACAGAUUGGCAGAAUUUACCCCCAGAUCAACAGAAUGUGGUGUUGGAGUUGGGGCAAGCCUUUGUUACACUUGGGGUGGUGUCCCUUGGAAUAUGGUUGUCUUCAAUGCUGGUUUUGUAAAUUGAUAGCACAAAAUACAGUGUAUAUACCAAAAAAAGUGAUAAUGUUAGCAUCUAGAACUCAAACUAUACUUAUAUUAUGAAUUUAUGAUCCAUCUGUACAUUCUCUUUCACUCA